AUGUCGAGAUCUGAAGUCGUCCCGUUGGGUUCACUGCCUUCAACUGGUGAUAUUGGCUCCCGAGAACUCUCCAGUAAUCUAUCUACGCUUCGCAGACGGAGUAUCGAGGCAAUCCAUCUUACAUACGUGUCGUUCAAAGAUGCUUUCGGCGUGUUAGGGCUUCCCAUGGUCCUGGUAGCAGUGAUUUCAAUCUUUUGGACAAUAUGGCUGAUCAUAUUGACGCUCGCGCCAAACAAAACAGCCAAUUACCUGAUGAACACACACGAAUACGACAACGGACAAUUCUGGCUCAUUCCAGAGGAAUUGUCCAUCUUACAGAUUUUUAGCGUUGCUGGAUUCUUGGUUGUACUCGUCUUGUACAUUAUCGUGUUACUUAAGAUGCUGGUUUGGAGAGAAUAUCACCACGUAGAGGGAUCACUGCUUGAUCGGAUACUGGAGAGGUGUGUACCGAACCAAGCUGAGUCCGAUGAUUGGUCGAAGUUGGACUUCGUGCACCGCGUUUACAGGUUGAUCUGGGAACUCUAUUUGUUUCUCAAAGAACUUACAAGUUUUCGUGGAAAACAUCGUAAAUUGUGGAACUUGUGCUUGAAGGCAUUCGACUUGACGAUGCAGUCUUUGAUGCUCUACGAGCUCUUGGAGGCUGGUACACCUGUCGAACUAAUCAUUGGCUUUGCAAUAUUCACAGCCUUAAACUCGUUAUUCUGCGCUGUCGAGAUCAUCAACCACAGAUUUACUGCGUUUGCAGAAAUCCUCAUCGAUUCGCUAUUUGAUCUUUGUGCUGCUGUACUCUUCCCCAUCGUAAUUCUCGUCUACAGUGCCAAGAAUUUCGACUUUGAUCGUGCUGUGUACCACAUCAACAUGGAGUUGCUACCCGUUGGAAGCUUCGAAAGACGAGCACGUAUGUUCGCCAGUCCAACAGAGAUCGAGCUCUUCCGUGUUUCUUUUGAUUCUCUCCGAAUUCGCAGUGUGUCGGAUUAUUUCUUACGGAUUGGGAUGAAUCUUGGAUUUUCUUAUCGUUUCAAGAGAGUGGUGGAAGUGCUUAUACAAAUGCAGAAUCAGAGACAGCGCCACCAAUCCUCGAGAAGAGCGUCAUUGGCGCGGCAAUAUUCAAAUUUGCUGAAAUUUUCACAGUUUCCAAAUGGUCGGCAGCCAUGUCAACGUGCGGCCCCAAAAUCUCUCGCCAUCCUGUAUCUCGCUUAUAGUGUUGCAGUUAUUGUUGUCACGCAACGAUCUAUCUCGACAUCGCAAGCAGCUUGUGCUUCCUACCCUGAAUGUGUCGUCUUUGCCUAUCGAUGGAGAGAUACUGGGCUCUGUCCGUGUCGUGCUCUCAUUGACGGAAAUCGAGCACCGAAAACGUACUUUGAGUGGACUCACCCCGUUGACGCUACAGAUACUGUGAAAGCCUUGGCAGCAGCUGGGACAUUGGAGACACUUCAGUUAAUCAAUCGACAGCUAACCGUGCUACCAGAUGAGCUUCGAGGAUGCCACAAUCUCAAUUAUAUAUCCUUGAUCAAUUGUGCCAUUGAGGAACUGCCGGCGUGGGCUAAGGAGUUCCACAAGCUGCAGUAUCUACAGAUUGAAGGCAAAGUGGGGAGUAACAAUUUAGGUAAUUUUGCUGAUGAUCUCUUCAGCGACAUGCCCGAGCUGCGAUAUCUGCAACUCGGCCUUCAUCGAAGAAUGAUCCGAUUGCCUCCUUUGGAUGGGGCUCCGAACUUGUCCUGCCUGGUUAUGGCUCGCAUGAGUGAGUUUACUGCACUCCCUUCUUUCAAGCAUCUUCGCCGACUUCAAAGACUCGAAUUUAGCGUCAUGAAGCAACUGUCCUGGAUUCCCGAUCUCGAAUCCGUCGAUACGAUUAUCCACUUUGCAGUGUAUCAAGGAGCAGCUUUAUGCUGCAAUGGUUUCGUCGGGACGUGUAACCUCACCAACCCGUUCUGCAACGGAGGCUCCUCCUUACUCCGGAAUCUCCCAAACCCCAACGACUCCUAUGAUUAA